AUGUUGGUGGGACCCACGUGCUCACGUGUAUAUGUAUAUGGGAGUAAAUCUCGGGAUUCUAAGCAUGAUCAAAGUCCUGCCGGAUCUGAUCUCAUCUCCCCCUUUCUCUCUCUCUCCUUUCUUCCCCUCUCUUCCAUUCUUUACCACUCCGCUCCUCUUUUCACCUCUCUUCCCCUCUCCUCAAAUUCCACAUUCUCACUCUCCGAUCAAAUGCUUCAAAGCAACGGUUCCACUCACUCACUCCCACUCUCUUUCUCGUCCUCGCUCAACAAAUACCCCACCGCUUCCAGUUUCGUGCGCAUUGCUAUCAUCUGA